AUGUCAAAAGCGGACGGAAAGAAGGUGGCCCCUUCCACCCACUUGAUCGCCGGUGGUAUUGCAGGCUUUGCGGAAGCAUGUACCUGUCAUCCUCUCGACACGAUCAAGGUGCGCAUGCAGCUCUCGCGUCGAGGCAAGAAAGCCGGUGAGAAGCCGCGUGGCUUCAUUGCUACCGGUGCCCACAUUGUCAAGCGCGAGACUCCCCUGGGUCUGUACAAGGGUCUGGGUGCCGUCGUGGCUGGUAUCGUGCCCAAGAUGGCGAUCCGAUUCAUGAGUUUCGAGCAGUACAAGAACGCUCUCGCAGACAAGAACACGGGCAAGACAUCGGCGCAGGGCGUCUUCCUUGCCGGUCUCGGUGCUGGUACCACAGAGGCUGUCGCUGUGGUCAACCCCAUGGAGGUGGUCAAGAUUCGUCUGCAAGCGCAGCAGCACUCGCUCGCUGAUCCUCUCGAGGUGCCUCGAUACCGCAACGCCGCACAUGCACUCUACACGAUCAUCCGAGAGGAAGGGUUCAUGACGCUCUACCGUGGUGUCGCGCUUACCGCUGCUCGACAGGCCACCAACCAGGCUGCCAACUUCACCGCCUACCAGGAGCUCAAGUCUUUCGCUCAAAAGUACCACGGCACGUCGGAGCUGCCCUCGUACGAGACAGCUGUGAUUGGUCUCAUCUCGGGUGCUCUGGGUCCCUUCUCCAACGCUCCCAUCGACACGAUCAAGACACGUAUCCAGCGCGCAUCCAAGGUGGAAGGCGAGACGGCCAUCAGCCGAGUGGUCAAGGUAGCCAAGGACAUGUUUGCUCAGGAGGGGGCCAGCGCCUUCUGGAAGGGCAUCACUCCUCGUGUAGCACGUGUGGCUCCUGGUCAGGCCGUGGUGUUCACCAUCUACGAAAAGGUCAAGGGCUACAUUGAGGCAGCCAAGCAGGGCGAGUUCAGCCUGACCGACACUCGAUCCGACGAGUAG